GAUAUAACGUUUUGAACAAGGUUUCAGCAAAAAGGGAUUUGAGAAUAAAGACUGAAAAUGGCGCUAGUUGCUGGUUUUGGUCCACUGGAAGCUUAUAUUGGUGCUGAAGAGGGUGUUGCUCUACAGUCUGACAAUGGCCGGUUCCUCAGCUGUAUUGACCGCUCAAAUAUUUAUUUCAUAGAAGCUGCCAAGAGCACCAAAGACCCUUGGUGCAAAUUCAUAGUGGAGAAAGUCAAUGAUUCGAAAGUCCGGCUCAAAGACCAGAGGGGUGUUUACCUCAGUCGAAUUCACAUGUCUGGUGUCAACCAUAUCGAGGCAGCCAAGGCCAAGCCUGAUGAAUGCUGUGAGUUCAGUGUCUUCACCAGGAAUGGGAAAGUCGUAUUUAGAGCCGACAAUGGCCUGUUCUUAAGUCGAUGUUUUCGGGGUAAUCAGAACAUCGAAGCUGUUAAAGAAGGUGUUGAUGAAUGUUGUGAAUUUGUACUGAGUAUCGGGGAUAUCAUCAGCCCCAGGUUUGAAAUUGUCAAUAUAGAUUUUGGAAAAAUCCCAGACCUGAGCGACAAGCCAUCUGUGGUGAAAAGUGAUUGCUACAUUAAUGAAAGCAGCGUGAAUCAAUCCCACACUUUCAAAUUAAACUGGACGGACACAGUCACCAACACCACGACUUGGACCCACACAUGGGGGCUGUCCUCUACUUUGUCUUCUGAUUUUAUAUUAUUAAGUUUCCAAGCCACCAUCUCAUACUCAGGAGAGUAUGGCACCAGCUCCUCAAAAGAGAAAUCCAUCUCCAUGUCAGAGGAAACUACCAUCACAAUUCCUCCCAAAACCAAGAUCACAGUGAAACUGAUGGUCAACAAGGAUGAUAAUGCUGAGAUUCCCUUCACAGCUACAAUCAAGAAGACCAAGUCCAAUGGAGAGGUUAAGAUGUUCACUGAGAACGGCAUCUGGAAGGGUGUGGCUUAUGAAAAUGUAAAGCUUAAAAUCGAGGAAGCCAAUGUGUAAGAACAGAUUUAUAAGUUCAAAGCAAAACAACCCGUGUGUAUGGAGUGAAUUAACAAAUCAAGCUUUUAAAUAUAAUCAUAUAAAAUACAUAUUUUAUCAAAGGGAUUCAAAUAUAUUGUACUGUUAAUAAUGUCCAUGACUUAUGAAUUGAAUAACUAUAUAUUGCGAUUAAUGGGAAUCUUUUAUUUCUGCUAACAUAAACUGAAACUGUAUCAUUGUCUUUCCCAUCUGUGUGGGUGUUUAUUUGAAUUAUUCUUACAAAUAAAGAUAUUUUUGGUAUCAUA